GCUGGCUUGCUUCACGCUCUGCUGGGGCUCAGUGUGCAGCGGCCCACGCCAAAGGGAGCAAUAACAAACAUCUUCCACGAUGAUCCGCUCGGCUAUGUCCCCUGGGAUCCCAUCCGAAACGUGCCGCUGCCUGACUGGGCAGGAGACUACAAGGACAUCAAUCGCCUGUCGUGCACGUUUUCGGCAGACCAGCUCUUCCAUUGGCCGGACCUGAAACGUGGCCUGUCCAUGUGGUUGGAGUCCCACCUGCGAGGCUACGGCAACAUGACCCAGAUCUUUUGGGAGCAAAUUCGUCCGAUACAACAUGAUUUGACCAACAUCAUCAGUGCCCACGAAGUGAUGGUCUCCCGGGAUUGCAUUCUGGGCAUCCUCGCGGUGCGCACCGUGUACCUCCUGACCAUGAACAGGACCUACCGACAGGAAAUGGUCCUUGAGACGGACUUCCUGAUGAGUGAUUGGUACUACCUGGCCUAUCGCUUUCCGUUCUCCUUGCUGGUCGGGCGCAGAGAGGGCCCCGAGAAGCUACCAUUCGAGAGCCUCCAUUCCAAUGAUGCCCGUUGCCACGAGGGCUCGAAGAGCGUUUCCCAACCGCGCCUUCAG